AUGGUCUCUACGCGCCGCCAAUCGUACAACUCCGAGUCUGAGUCGUUCAACACGGCAGAGCCGCCUCGAAAACGCGCUCGACUUAGCAGCCAACGCGUCCAGCUAAGCCGACAGCAUAACUUUCGCCCGCCUCUUUUAACGAAUCCACCGCCGCCCUAUCAGCGUUAUCCUGCCUCUCGAAAUAACCGAUGGACCUCUCCUACUAGCAGUGCACCUAGUGUUAGCGAUUCUUAUGGGUUUGGGGAUACCGACGCUCUGGAUAAUAUCUUUGCUGCAGUCCCUGAUCGAUUCUCAACCAUACCAUCGCCUCGUCGUUCCGGACCCGAGUCAUCAUUCGAGCUCCAAUAUAACCAUGCAAUAACCCUCCGCAAUGACUUUCCUCGUGGAACAGAUCGACGAAAUAUUUGUCAAGUACCUAUUCCUGGACCAGAAACCGAUCCCUUCCAAGGCUCUCCUCGUAGCUCGUUGGAAGUAACGCGGGUACCUAUGGUACCUGAGGUAGAAUUCCAGCGUGCCUUAGGGCUAGUCCGAGAUAUUAUUGGUAAUGAGCGACGAAUAACAAGGCAAUGCCUUAAGUUCUUCGAUACUGUACGCAGCUGGCGGGAAAGAUGGGGCUAUUCUCCUUUAAAUACUGAUGAAUACGGCUCGCCUCCGGCAUACUCUCCUCGCGAAAGUCAGCACUCUUCAGUUCCUGUUCCCUCUUCACCUAAUCUAAUCGAAAGCUCCCCUUCGCAGCAAUCCGAGUCCCCGCCUCCAGACGAAAUACCGAAUCCUCCAAUCCCAGGUAACCCAGCCCCUACAGAGAACGCCCUUUAUAAGAACAUUCAACUCUUUGCAAAAGAGCAUGGCUUUGGUAUAGCAAAGUAUAAUAAGUACUCUUAUAAGGGACGGCUGAUACGGUAUUCUAUUCGAUGUGAUCGAUACGGGGAUCCUCAACCAAGUAGAGGCUCUGGUCUUCGUCAGAGGAAGUCACGAAAGUGUGGGUGUAAGUGGCUAGUUAUUGCAGAGGCUCUUGAGGAGGGUAAAUGGUUUCUCCGUCAACAUCAGGAUACAGAACAUCACACCCAUAAUCAUCCUCCAACUAUCAUUAUCACGGACUUUGAUGACUCAAUGAAGGCUGCCUUAGACGACCAGUUUCCUGGGGUCCAGCAGCAGCUCUGCAUUCAUCAUGUCAACUCCAACGUUCUUCUUCGGUCAAAGCAGAAGUGGGUUAAGAACCCAGAGAAUAGCAGUAGCCCGGAUAUUAGUGAGGUAGAUGAACCUACCGAACCCCAAGCUACUCUAACUCUGCAUGACCGCGCACUUGUCUCAGCUGAAUCCUCCUCUGAGGUUCCUCAUACCUAUCAGGGGGUCCUCCAGAUGUGGAAGCAGGUUCUCUUUGCAGAGACCGAAGAAGUACAUAAGAAAGCAUGGAUUGCUCUCUUCCGUGCUCAAUGGGCCCGUUGCUUUAUUCGUAAAUACCCAAACUACGGCAUCCGUGUGACCUCAGGUACAGAGGCAAGCAAUAACAACAUCAAGAGCUACCUAUUGAAUGGGAUGAGCCAUCUUUACAAGUUGGUAGAAGCAAUGCAGGACAUGCUACAUGAUCAAGAGCGUGACUUUAAAGAUGCUUGCGGGAACGACGAGGUUCUUCGAGAUCGUGAGUUCCUUGGGUCAAGCUCUGACUACUUGGGCGAGCUCCGGUCCCUUGCAUCAUCAAAGUGUCUGAAGCUUAUCAAGAGCCAAUACCGACAGGCACGUAAGGCACUGCCUACUGGAAAGAAUCCUAAUCCUAGGCCCCUUGACCCAUGUACAGAUGAGUGCUCUGUCUCAACCGAACUCGGUAUACCAUGCUAUCAUACAAUUCACUCACGUGUAUGCUCUACGAAAGCUUUCACAAAGUGGGAUAUUCACCCUCGCUGGCGACUUCGUGAAACAUCCUCUCGAGAUCCAUAUCGAAAGAUCCUUGACCCAAAGAUUGCUACAUCUCUUAGAGGGCGGCCAAAGAAUACAAAGCAAGGAGUGCCAGCAGACCUUAUACCUUCUACAAUAUCUCAAGAAAGCAGUCGGGCCUUAGCAUCUCAGCCGCAAGCAUCUCAGUCCCAAGCAUCUCAGUCCCAAGCGCCUGGGUCCCAAAAGAGAAAGCGUGGCCGCCCACCCGGAAGCCGGAAUAAGUCAACCCUAGAAAGGGAGAAUAAGAGCCAAGAAACUAUCGCUACUCAAGGGACCACAAUGGGUGAAACUAUUUACGUUGGGGCUGGGAAUACUACAGGCGUUCGCGCAAGUGGACAGAGAAUUCAGGCAAGUGUGCGAAGAACGAGAAGUCAGUGGGAGUUAUUAUAG